AUGUCCCGGCCCCCAGGCUUCUCUAGCGGCGGCGGCCUGCCGUCCCUUUCCUCCGACGAUAUGUGCCCCGUCUGCAAAACCAUACGCUACCUCAACAAAGACAUGGAAUUCCUCAUCAACCCCGAAUGCUACCACUCGAUGUGCGUGAACUGCGUGAACCGACUCUUCAAUGACGGACCCAACCAAUGUCCCUACGCAGGCUGCCACAAAACUCUCCGCCGCAAAGGUUUCCGCUCCGCCUUCUUCAGCGAUCUCUCCGUGGAGCGUGAGGUCGACAUCCGGCGGCGAGUCGCAGCCGUCUUCAACCAGCAGGAAGACGACUUCGAGACGUUACGGGACUAUAACGAUUACCUGCAGAUGGUGGAGGAUCUGACGUUUGAUUUAGUCUGGGGGAGUGAAGCGAAGAGGCGCGAGGCGGAGGCAACGCUUAUGCGCUGGGAGGCGGAGCAUCGGGCCGAGAUCGAGCGCAAUAGGAAAGCCGGUCGCGAGGCCGACGAGCUGCAUCGGCGGCGGUUACAAGCUGAGCGUGAAGCAGCGCGCCAGCGCCGCCUGGAUGCCCUCCGCGAAGCGGAAGAAGAACGUCGCGACCGUGCAAGAAGUCGCGAAGCGGAGCUCGACGCCCUGGCCCAAGCCGGCACGCAGCAAGCAACCGACGGCACAGCACAGCAAAGAGUCCAGCUCAAGAAGCGUGGGCAGGCAGCGAACCGUGCCGUGGACGCAGCCGUUGCUGCUGCUGCCACCGCAGGCGAUGUAGGGAAGUUAUCGAUCCGGGGCCUCAAGGAGAAGAAGAAGGCUCCCGUGGCGGAGGGCCCAUACGAUCCGUUCGGCGGGAUGGAAUUCGUUCCGAGCCGGUAUCGUGUUCGCGAGGAGCUGAAUCAUCCUUCGUUGGACAAGUACCGGAUCGAUCAGCAGCAUAUUACGGGCGGGUACAGUUUCUUAGACUACAUUUCAAGGGCGAUGUUCGAGGCGUUUGCGGGAUUGGCGGUGUUUAUUGAGGAUGAGAAGGAGGCGGGUAUUGGGUUGUCUGCGGGAGAGGUGGCGGGAAUGAGUGCUGGGAUGGCGGCCGUGGGGGACAAGAUGGAGCUUGACUGA